UACAAAGUGUAGUGACGGACGUUAUGUAAGCAUUUGUUGAAAAUGAAAUCUUUUUUGUAUUUAAUAUCAUUCCUGUUUAUCGAUGGAGUUUGUUCAAUUGAUCCUUGUGAACUGAAGACUACUUGUGGGGACUGUAUUACUGACAAAAAUAUUUGUAUUUGGUGUUCUGAGAAAAACAUAACGGGUGAAAGAUGCAAAUCUCUGGAUUUAUAUACAGAAAAUUGGUGUCCGACAUCACUACAAAGACCAAAUAGUACAAUUGAAUUAUUGGAAAGAGAUAAUAAAAACUUUAGUUCUGAUUCAAGCGAAGUAACGCAAAUACGACCGCAAAAAUUGAAAAUGAACCUCCGAGUGGGAAUUCCUACGAAUUUUAAUUUUUCAUUCAAACCGGCCGUAGACUAUCCAGUCGAUUUGUAUUUCCUAUUAGAUGUAUCUAUUACUAUGAGUGACGUUAAAAAUCAAAUAGCAAAUCAAAGUGAAAAUGUAUACCAUACUAUGAAAAGUCUCACGAAUAAUGUUCAUCUAGGAAUGGGUGCAUAUGUUGACAAAAACGCAUUGCCGUUCGCAAAAGAAGUUAACAGCAGUAUGACUUAUUCUUUUCGGAAUCAUUUGAAAUUAACUAAUGAUGCAGAAAAGUUUAGAGAGGUCGUGAAAAAUGUGCCGUAUGGAACAAAUUUCGAUACACCGGAAGGGGGCCUGGAUGCAUUAGCUCAGGUGUUGGCCUGCAGUGAUGAAAUUGGUUGGAGGAAGCAAUCAAGAAAAAUAGUUGUAUUUUUAACAGACGCGGAAUAUCAUGCUGCAGGGGAUGGUAUAUCUGGAGGAAUAUAUACACCCUAUGACGGUAAAUGCUAUACUAAUAAGGAAGGCAUUUAUACAAAAGAAGUAGAGAUGGAUUAUCCAUCCGUCAGCAUUAUUGACAAAUUAGCUACAAAAAUAGAAGCAACAAUUAUAUUCGUUAUAAAUAAUAAAAAUACUUUUAAAACUUACGACAUAUUGAGUACAGCCAUUGAUGGAUCAAAAAUUGUAAAUGAGAACGACUUUGUUAAAACUUUGGAAAAAAUUUAUGAGGAAAUAUCUACUACUAUAAGAUUAAAAGCUAAUAUUAAAUCAAAUCAAAAAAGAGAUUACGAAAUAACAUUUAAUCCCAAUUGCACUGGUCUAACAAAAACUAAAGAGUAUUGCAAUAUUAAAAAAGGCGAAGAGAAACAUUUUACUGGCUCUAUAAAACUUAAAGAAUAUCAUGAAGGCGAUGACAUGUUAUUAGAUAUAGUAAUAGAAGGUAUUAACGAAAGAUUAUCAUUGGAUAUAGAAGUAAUAAAGCAAUGUGAAUGCGAAAAUAAGAGGGAAAUUAACUCCGAAGAAUGUAGUAAAUGGGGAACUUUGGAGUGCGGAAUUUGUAAUUGUAAUGCGAACAGACAUGGCGUUAAAUGUGCCUGCACAAAGAACGAGAAUAACUUGGCCAACGACAACUCCACUUGUAGCCCCACUGGCGAUUCAAGUGGCAUCAUUUGUAGCGGUCGUGGAUCAUGCAUUUGUGGAACAUGUCAUUGUUUGAACUUUGGAAACAAUGGUAAAAAAUACACUGGUACAUAUUGUGAGUGUGAUAAUGAAAGCUGCUUGAGAACUAGCAAUGGUAUAUGCAAUGGACAUGGAGAUUGCGAAUGUGGUAAAUGUAUUUGCCAUGCAGAUUGGUCUGGCCCUACUUGCGAAUGUGACGAAACAAAUGUUGCAUGUACGAAUAAACAAAACGACAAAUUGUGUAAUAACCAAGCUGAGUGCGUCUGUAACGAAUGCAAAUGUAAACAACCCCCGCAUUGGGAUGCACGUAAAAAAAUAAAUGAAUACUGUGAAAUCUUGCCUUGCACCGACUGUCCUACACAAUGUACUUUAUUAGAGGACUGUGUCGCAUGUUUACACCAACAUCUCGAUACAUACACACCCGACAUAUGCCACGUAUGUGACCCGUUUAAAUUAAUUCUUGUUGAGAAACUAACAGAAGUAAAAGAAGUCAACGACAGCAUCAAGUGGAAUAUUUGUCCAGAAAUUAGUGUAGGAUUUGGAUGUUACACGCUUUAUCAUUACCGUUAUACUGGAAUCGAUGGCAUAGAAGUAUUGGUUCAAAAGGAUAAAGACUGUCUCCAAAAUUAUUAUGUACUAGGUGGUACGUUCUUAGGGACCCUCAUCUUGGUGGGUAUAGGAACACUAAUUGGCUGGAAGCUUCUAGUAAACGCACGUGACCGUCGGGAGUACCAGAACUUCAUGAAGCUGGAACGCCUCUCGAGUGUCAGGAACAACCCUCUUUAUGCAGCACCUACUACUACUGUAAAUAAUCCGACAUAUGAUUGUGAUUAAUAAUAAUAAAUAAUCUAUCUCUAUCUUAAUUAUAACUUUAUUUUCUUGACAUUACAAUUAAGUACUAAGAAAGUAUGCUUAACCAAAACUUACCAGUCUUUUUAAAACGAACAUGCUAAUCCCAAUGACACAUCUCUUCUGUCAUCAACUCGUGUAUAAAGUUACGAUUGUUCUAUGUUUUAAUUUUUUUUGUAUAAUAUUAUUUAUCGUUGGAUGUUUUUGUUUGAUUUUAAUGAAUAACUGUAUGGUAUUUAUUUAAGUGCCUAUAUUAUGUCUUUAUCCAUUACAUAUAAGUACAUAUUAUUCAUUAUAUUAUGAUAUCCCUUUUUUUAUAUUUUACGAUUUGUUUAUGUUUUAUGCCAUUUUUGUUUUUUAUUUAUAAUUUUAUUUCCAUGAUUGAUUGGUAGAAAAUACAGUGUGGUGAAUUCCGCCAAACUGUGUACUGUAUGCCUUAAAAUAUAUUUAACUAAAUAUUAAAUA